GCUGAGAUUUUAAAUUUCUACAGACGUUAAUUAUCCGUUGCUGUCUCUCUCCACUUUCAUGGGUGUAAAUGCCGCGUCUAUAUUCAACCGUUUUCUUCACAGCCGCAUCCGCAAGCAGAAAUCUCUUCCCACUAAUUCCGAUGCCAUAACCCACAUAAUCCUUGGUGAAAUCAGAGCCGGCCGCCUCCCCAAAGCGGUCUCCAUUCUUUUCAAUUCCCCUGUUCCUUUCACUUUUUCUCUCUACGCCCAUCUUUUCCAUCUCUGCGCUUCUAAUCGAGCAAUCGUUGAAGCUCGGAAGGUUGAAUCUCAUCUGGUAACAUUCUCUCCUACUACACCUCCCGUGUUUCUUCUCAACCGGGCAAUAGAGACUUAUGGGAAAUGUGGGUGCAUAAUAGAUGCAAGAGAACUGUUCGACGAAAUGCCUGAAAGAGAUGGGGGAUCCUGGAAUGCGAUUAUUACUGCUUACGCUCGAGGUAGGUAUUCUGAUGAGGCUUUAUCGUUGUUCAUUGAAAUGAAUAGGUUAGGAAUCUGUGGUAAUGAGAUUACUUUUGCUAGUGCGCUUGGAUCUUGCGCUAACACCUUUGAACUGCAGUUAUCGAGACAAAUACAUUGUCUAAUGGUGAAACUUGGUCUAACUGGGAAUGUAAUUUUGGAAAGUUCCCUUGUUGACGUGUAUGGUAAAUGUAAUGUUAUGAUUGAUGCAAGAAAAAUGUUUGAUGAAAUUCACACUCCUAAUGAUGUUUCUUGGAAUGUGAUUAUCAAAAGGUAUCUUAGCGUUGGUCAAUCAAGAGAGGCAUUAUACAUGUUCUUCAACAUGAUCCGAUUUACUAUUCAACCAUUAUUUUCGACUGUUUCUAAUGCUCUAGUUGGUUGUUCUAGGAUUUCCUCCCUUAAGGAAGGUACCCAAAUACAUUGUUUUAUAGUCAAGAUAAAUUUGGAUUUCAACCAAGAGAUUUCCACUUCCCUUAUCGAUAUGUACGCUAAAUGUAAAGAUAUCGAUAAUGCAAGAAAGGUUUUCGACCAAAUUACAUGUUCUAAAGAUUUGAUUCAUUGGACUUCGAUGGUUUCGGGUUAUGCGUUAAAUGGGGAAAUUUCCAAAGCAAGGGAUCUCUUUAAUAAGAUGCCAGCUCGAAACAUUAUCUCGUGGAAUGCAAUGCUCGCAGGAUACACCCGUUUAUUCCUUUGGGAAGAGGCGUUGGAAUUUCUUCGUAUAAUGAGAGUUGGAACAGAAGAUAUCGAUAAGGUCACAUUUGGGCUAAUCCUAAACAUUUCAGCUGGAAUUUCCGAUGUCGAAAUGGGAAAACAGGCACACGCCGCUGUUUACAGGCACUGUUUCUCCUCCGAUCUCGUUGUCGGAAAUGGCCUUCUUUAUAUGUACAGUAAAUGUGGAAAUAUAAGAAACGCCAGAGCUUGUUUUCGCGAAAUGGGUCGUUUUCGUGACAUUGUUUCGUGGAAUACUCUUUUGAAUUACUACGUCAGUCAUAAGAUUAGCGAAGAAGCGUUGGGAAUAUUCCGGAAGUUACUAGAAGAAACGGAAACUUUUCCAAAUGAAUUUACGUUAGGAAUUCUUUUCGUUGCUUGCGGAAACAUUUCAUCACUACACCAAGGAAAAGAAAUUCACGGGUUCAUGGUUAGAAACGGUUACAAGAUGGAUCUCAUCACCAUCGGUUCUUUAGUUGACAUGUACUCAAAAUGUCGUUUGCUUGACUAUGCUUUCCGAGUUUUCGAACAUUCAACUCGUAGGGACUUGAUUCUUUGGAACUCAAUCCUUUUAGGAUGCGUUUACAAUAGAAGAGGCGAAAAAACAUUAAAAAUGUUUGACAGGAUGAUGAAGGAAGGAAUCUAUCCUGAUCAUGUGACGUUUCAGGCGAUUUUGCUUGCGUGUGUUAGGGAAGGGGAUGUUGAUAUGGGUAGGCAUUAUUUCGAUUCAAUGAUUGAGAAAUAUUUGGUUAUGCCUAGACCAGAGCACUAUGAGUGUAUGAUUGAGCUUUUUAUUAGGCAUGAUUCUGUGGAGAAACUAGAGGGAUUUUUGAAAACGGUUACAUGCUAUGUAACGCCUCAAAUCGUGUCGAAAGUUGGGCAGGCUUGCAUGAAAUAUAGAAGCUUGAGUCUGGAAGAGUGGAUAGCUGAUCAAGUUAGUAAACAGAAUCUUUAUUUCAUUUCAAGUUAAGAUUAAAGGAUCAAUGAAGAAGUCAAGCCUCACCAUCUUAAUCUGUAAGUAUUACAUUUUUUAUCUUAUGCAAAUACAGACAGAUUCCAAAAUGAAAGUGAAAAGCAAAGAAAUAACAGAAAAGCCAGUUUUUUCCUCU